AGAUGCGAAUUACCGAAUGUGGCAUCUACACUCUACAGUAAAGAGAGGUAUGAAUAUGGUGUGACAAAAUACACACAUGUUAGUGCUCAGCGAUUCCACGUGGUUACACGCGCCACUGUUUCGCUGUGGAAUCUCCCCUCCGCAGGCCUCUACCUUCUGUUGCUGCAACCUUCCUAUGGCUACCUCCUGCCGCAUCGCCGUCGUCGGCGACGUCCAUGACGAUUGGAGCUUCGAAGAGGAUACCAAAGCUCUGCAACUGUUGAAGCCGGAUCUUGUGCUGUUUACAGGUGAUUUUGGCAAUGAGAAUGUUGAUCUUGUUAAAAGUAUUUCAAAUGUUGAUUUUGCAAAAGCAGUCAUUUUGGGGAACCAUGAUGCCUGGAACACCCAGAAGUUCUCUGCGAGGGAAAAAGAUGCUGUUCAACUGCAGCUUGAAUGCCUUGGUGAUGAGCAUGUUGGCUACCGACGUAUGGAUUUUUCAAAUCUGAAGCUGAGUAUAGUUGGUGGACGGCCGUUUUCUUGUGGUGGUCGACAGUUGUUCCGGAAAAAACUUCUUACUGCUAGAUAUGGCAUCCAUGAUAUGGAUGGAAGCGCAGAGAGGAUUAAUCAAGCUGCUGUAGGAACUCCUGCCGAUCAUUCAGUUAUAUUCCUUGCUCAUAAUGGGCCAACAGGCUUAGGUUCCAAUAUGGAUGAUAUAUGCGGAAAAGAUUGGAUACCUGGAGGUGGUGAUCAUGGUGACCCUGAUUUGGCGCAUGCAAUAUCCCAACUAAAAGAGACCACCAAAUUGUCAAUCAAGCUGGUAGUGUUUGGUCACAUGCAUAAAGCGCUGGCCUCUGGAAAUGGUCUUCGAAAAAUGAUAGUGGUUGAGGAUGACAACAUCGUGUACCUCAAUGGAGCCGUUGUUCCAAGGGUUAAAACAAUUAGCAGCAAUGAGCAAGGCGUUGCAUUAGGCACUCUACGAGCCUUCACUGUUGCUGACAUAUCGGACGGGAACUUGGAGAAAAUCACCGAAACUUGGGUUUCAGUGAUCGGAGAUGAGAUCAGAGUAGAGGAGGAGCUGGUAUUGCUUAGCAAAGGGGCGAGGCUGUAGGUACCGAGAGAGAUAUCUUGUGACACUAUAUCAAACUGUAGAUCUCUAUUCUAUCAUCUAUGACAUUGUUCAGUUUAUGUGAUUUGUGGUAUUAAAACAGGAGCUUUGGUUU